AUGGUGCUCUCGCUGCCGGUCCCCAGCUUCUCUAGAUCCUCCGCUUCCCCCCCACGCCCCGCCGACAGCAGCGUGCCCGCAUCACAAUCCCGCCGUCACCGCGAGUCAGCGUCCGGUUCCUCAGCGAAUUCCUCCUCCAGUCGAAACUCCUGGAAACCAGCUGUUCUGAGUGGCAGCCCCUCGGGUCCGAAUAGCCACUCCAUCACCCUGAGUGAGGCUUUGCGGAAUAAUCCGUUCGGUAGCCCUUCGCGAUCGUCCCGGUCUAUCCAAACAUCUACAAGUGAAAUACAGGAACAAAAGCAGGAACAGGAAGAGUUAAACGCGGCCCUUGAAGCGCUUGCCCGAAUUUUUCCGGAUGUGAAAAUCGAAGUGUUCCGGGAGCUACUUGUUCGUUUCGAUGGAGACAGCAGGCUACAUGUUUGCGUUGAGCAGUUGCUCAGACAUAAAAAGGACUGGGUUUCUGGUAGAUGGAAUAUAUCAGAGGGCAGUGGAAGCUCAGAAGAUGAGGGGCCGGAUGAACGAGCUGGCUGUGUUCAUGGUGCCCUCACGGAAGGAGGUCUCGUGCCAAUCGAAGAGCGGUUCCGGUCCGACGAAUAUAAGGCCGCAGGACGAGUGGCGCUCGCAAAGGAGUUUAGUAGUUUGAGCAAGAGCACGCUUGAGGGUGUUCUGGCUGAAGUGAAUUUCAGCUACUUGCGAGCACGACCGAUACUGCGCGACCUUUCACGGCGUACGUGGAGGGCUACAUUCAACAGCAUUUUGCCGUCAUUUCGCCGAAAGAAAGACCGGGAAGAACAUCCGCUUGUCAUGUGGCAACGUCGCGCAGAUGGAGUGCUCACUCCGAGGCUGAAAGAAACGGGAUGUGCCGAGUUAGACGGGGAGUUAUACGCAUUGCUUGUGGAUCCUGUGCUGCAGCAAAGGCGCGAGGAACAAGAAGCUGGCGAUUUCAAUUUUGCCUCGGAGCUCAAUGAGAAAGAGGCUAGAGCAGCUGACGCCUUAUAUGAGUGCGAGUGCUGCUUUGCUGACGUGACUUUCGAGCAAAUUGCGACCUGCUCGGCGAAUGUCCAUAUCAUAUGCUAUACUUGCAUCCAGCGGACUACUCACGAGGCCCUUUUUGGCCAGGGGUGGGGUAAAUCUGUGGACCUAGAGCAUUCAACACUGAAGUGCCUUGCUCCGUUGUCUGUUGGCGCCUGCGAGGGCUGUCUUCAUCCACAAAUCGUGCGCCAGGCAAUUACACUGGAGAUAGCUGGAGCCGAGACGUACCGCAAAUUUGAAGACCGAUUAGCUUCUGAAACUUUGCUGAAAUCGCAGCUCAAGCUCAUCCGGUGCCCAUUCUGUUCCUAUGCUGAAGCCGAUCCCGUCUAUCACCCUUCAUCUCGGGGCAUAGGCUGGCGAGUCCGUCGUGAUGGAGGGAUCAUUCCUACUAUCUUGAUGACCUUCUUCCUACUUGAUCUUGUCCCGUUACUUGUGAUACCUCUCUUGAUUCUUCUCCUAUUCAAUCCCUCCUCUGUAGCGGUCAUCUUGAACAACUCAAUCCGCAACCUUUGUCUCAAGAUCCGACAGAAGAAAUUCAAAUGCUCCAACCCUACCUGUGAACGGGUCAGCUGUCUGACGUGUCAAAAGCCAUGGCGAGACCCCCAUGUGUGCCACGAGCCACUGCUGCUCGACCUCCGCGCAACUGUCGAGGCCGCCCGCACAUCCGCCGUGAAACGAACCUGUCCCCGCUGCAGCCUCUCCUUUGUUAAAUCCUCAGGCUGCAACAAGCUUACCUGUGUGUGCGGGUACUCCAUGUGCUACCUCUGUCGCAAAGCCCUUGGCACUCCCGUCCGGCCAUCCCAAGGAAACCGCGACGGCAGACGACGUCAAAUUGAUAUAGAUCGAAACGAUCUUCCCGCCGGGGGCUUUGACGGUGCAUUAGAUGAUGAAGCCUUCGACGACGAGGAGUUCGAAGAACCAGAAGGCUACAAACACUUUUGCGAACAUUUCCGUAUCAAUCCGGGCUCUCGUUGCACUGAAUGCACGAAAUGUGACCUCUACCAGGCCGAGGAUGAAGAGACUGUCGCUCGCCGCGCUGGAGAGAAAGCUGAGCGCGAAUGGAUCAUCCGCCAGGGACAUGAUGCUAACUCUACUGGCUCUGUGGCUGCCCUUGGUCUUCGAAAUGUUAACCAAGACCUUUCUGCGGGAACAGAAGGAAGUUCUGCUGCUCGUAAUCAUAAUACUUCCCUUUGGGAUCUGCAGCUGAGUGCCGGAAAACCAUGGGGCUACUGGUUCAGUGAUGUUUGGUUGGAUGGCGGGUGGAAGUUGGAGGGACAGGCUCUGAUAGACUGGAUCGUGGAGCGAGUUGUGGUGAUCGAGAACCUGUGA